GCUUCGCAGGAAGUGACGUGACACGGAGGGGCGGGCUGGACUCUGCGCAAGAAGUGUCUCUCAGAUAGUAAAUAAGCCCUGAAAAGCAAGAAAGAGACUGUCUCCAUUUUGUCGGCGCUCGCAGUUCUUGCGACGCUGUGAAGAUGGGCAGUGUUCUGGGGCUGUGCUCCAUGGCGAGCUGGAUACCAUGUCUGUGUGGUAGUGCCCCAUGUUUGCUAUGCCGAUGCUGUCCCAGUGGAAACAACUCCACAGUGACUAGAUUGAUCUAUGCACUUUUUUUGCUUGUUGGAGUAUGUGUAGCUUGUGUAAUGUUGAUACCAGGAAUGGAAGAACAACUAAAUAAGAUUCCUGGAUUUUGUGAGAAUGAGAAAGGUGUUGUUCCUUGUAGUAUUCUGGUUGGCUAUAAAGCUGUAUAUCGUUUGUGCUUUGGCUUGGCUAUGUUCUAUCUUCUCCUCUCUUUGCUAAUGAUCAAAGUGAAGAGCAGCAGUGAUCCUAGAGCUGCAAUACAUAAUGGAUUCUGGUUCUUUAAAUUUGCGGCAGCAAUUGCAAUUAUUAUUGGGGCAUUCUUCAUUCCAGAAGGAACUUUUACAACUGUAUGGUUUUAUGUAGGCAUGGCAGGGGCCUUUUGUUUCAUCCUCAUACAGCUAGUCUUACUUAUUGAUUUUGCCCAUUCAUGGAAUGAAUCAUGGGUUGAAAAAAUGGAAGAAGGGAACUCGAGAUGUUGGUAUGCAGCCUUAUUAUCAGCUACAGCUCUGAAUUAUCUGCUGUCUUUGGUAGCCAUCGUUUUGUUCUUUGUCUACUAUACUCAUCCAGCCAGUUGUUCAGAAAAUAAGGCAUUCAUCAGUGUCAAUAUGCUCCUCUGCAUUGGUGCUUCUAUAAUGUCUAUUCUGCCAAAAAUCCAGGAGUCACAACCAAGAUCUGGUUUGUUACAGUCUUCAGUAAUUACAAUCUAUACAAUGUAUUUGACUUGGUCUGCUAUGACCAAUGAGCCAGAAACAGAUUGUAACCCAAGUCUACUAAGCAUAAUUGGCUUUAAUAUCACAAGCUCUAUCCCAAAGGAUGGGCAGUCUUUCCAGUGGUGGCAUGCUCAAGGAAUUAUAGGACUAAUCCUCUUUUUAUUGUGUGUGUUUUAUUCAAGCAUCCGUACUUCAAACAAUAGUCAGGUUAAUAAACUGACUCUAACAAGUGACGAAUCCACAUUAAUAGAAGAUGGUGGAGCCAGAAGUGAUGGAUCACUGGAGGAUGGUGAUGAUGUUCACCGAGCUAUAGAUAAUGAAAGGGAUGGUGUCACUUACAGUUAUUCCUUCUUUCAUUUCAUGCUUUUCCUGGCUUCCCUUUAUAUCAUGAUGACCCUUACCAACUGGUACAGGUAUGAGCCCUCUCACGCAAUGAAAAGUCAGUGGACUGCUGUCUGGGUGAAAAUAUCGUCUAGUUGGAUUGGCAUCGUGCUGUAUGUUUGGACACUAGUGGCACCACUUGUUCUUACAAAUCGUGAUUUUGAUUGAACGGGACUUCUGGCAUGAAAGUCCUACUUUGGUCAUCAUUUAUUUGAAAUUAACAGUAUUCCCAAUUUUUGUAAAUUGUGUGUGUGCUUCCUGUGUAACUUCUCUGGUAUUGUUCUGGCAUGAAUUAGAUUUUAUUGCUUGCCAUUUUAUUCAUUAUAUUUUUGCCAUGUGCAUUGAUCAUGUGAAUUAGAGUGAGUUGUAAAGGCAGAGUUUUAUGAAUAAUGGUGGUGAAUUAAUAAAGUGGACAUUGGUAGGCUUAUCUCUCUCUGCUCUAAGUAUGAAAUUAAAAGUAAAAACAAAACUGUCAGUUUGCUUUUAAAAGUUUGCUAGACCUUCCUUAAGCUGUUUUAGAAAAAGCAUAAAAGUAAAUGUGUAUGGCUGCCUUUUGAAAUAUUUUAUGUGUUGCCUUAUGGGAGACUAUGAAGAACAUAGCUAUUCUAAAAUUGUAUAAACAAGUUCACUUACAUGGUUAGUUGUUUUAAAAAUGCAGGUCAUUCAAAUUCAUUUAAGAUUUACCAUUAGUAUAAAAGUAGAGAACUUAGCACAAGAAGGGUAUAUUCAGUGGACAGUGGUGUAAAUUAUGGAUGGAGGUUGAGGCAUAGAACCUUCAAGAAAAAAGUCAGAUUGUUGGUGGUGGUAUUGAAUACUCAGUGCGAUUAGAGAUUGUUAUCUUCCUUGGGUAGAUAUGAUGUCCUUCUUCAACAAAAUGAACUUUGUUUUGGUCAUUAUAAAAUCACUCGAAGUAUGGGUUUAAAUUGGAAUGCCGAAGGAUUUAGACAAUGUUAUAAAAAAAAGUGGAUUAGAAGGAAGUUGUUGGAACUUAGGAAGUUUUGCAAUUCAAAAGUGGGAAACUUUUGAUAGAGCAGAAAUUACAAAAUACUUGGCUUCAGAAGAUAAUAUAUUGAUAAGAUCUAGUCAAGUUCUCAUUUGAAAAUUGAAGAAACUGAAAGACAUAAAUAGCUCCAAUUGAUUAUUAAUAUUAAUGACAAAGCUGAGAAAUUCUAAGUCCACCAAAAUUGCUUAGCAUCCUGACAUUGAAGAAAUUUCUAUUUAAAUUACAUGCAUAAUUGAUUUUGUAUGUAAUGUUGGAUAAUUUACGUAAUAUGUGUUGCUACUGUCCAGCAUGCUUUCUAUCCAUAAACUAAGGCCAGAAUGAUGGAUUAUUAUAAACUCUUGCUUACAGUAACGUACUACACAGCUCAACAGAUGUUUAAAACUGCUUUUGUAUUUACUGCCAGGCAAUUGAAAUAUAUAAGUUAUUAUAAUCUUUCACCUUGAAAAUCAAGCAGUGUGACAGUUAAUUUAGAUUAAAAACUCUUAGAAAUUUGUAUAAUUAUCUAACAAAGCUUUUAAAAUGUACUUUUGCUUCUUAAAAAUAUUUAUUAAUGCAAAUGGAGCAUAACAAUUAAGUUUAAUUCCCCAACUUUAUUCUGUGUUAAUAUUGUAUUCCACAAUUUUGAAUGGCUGUGUUCUCCUAAAUAAAUGAAUUCGAGAAAGUGA